GAGACCGGCGAGGUCCAGAGCAGAGCACCCACCAAAAGGGCAGGGUUACCUAUUGCUUCAUUUCACCACGGCCGCGGCCUUUGUGUGGCCUCCGUCUCGUGUUAUCCCUUCUUCCUCUUCCUCCCCCCUCGGCAAAGCCCCUCCCGGCCUCCACCCAACUCGCCGCUCCCCGCGGCUGCCGGCCCAAUUCGUGUCCCCCACCGGAGGCGGCGGCGGCGGCGGCGGCAAACGAGAACGACCGCCCUGCGGGCCUCCACGCCGCUGAUGAGACUGCGCCGCGCCGCGCCAUGCAGACUCCGCCGGCCGCCGUGUCCGCGUCGUCGCUGGAGUGCGUGAGCUCGUCCAGGGCCGCCUCGUGGAAGGGCGGCGGGAGGCCCUACGAAUGCAGCGUGCUCUCGUGCGCGUGGAAUGCUCCUCGCGCGCUCACGGGAGCGCUCGCCAGCACCACGCAGUGCUCCUCCUGCGGCCACGGCGAGGCCGGGGGCGGGUGGAGGCGGCGCGGGCGGUCGCGACGGACUAACAACUCGUUACUGCACAUCACCUUGGAUGAAGACAUCAAUAAAGGGAAAUUGGGUUAUGGUCCAUCAGCUGUUUACUCUGAAAGUUUGGUCAGAUCUUGGUCUACUCCUGUGGACCCGACAUGGAGAGCUUACUGCUAUUCGUCAUCUGAAUCCUUUAACAUCUCCCCAGAGACCUUGUGGGAGGAUCUCAAACUAGCUGUCUCAUAUCUUCAACCUGAAGAGUUAAACUUUGUGCAUGACGCCUUAAAGUUGGCAUAUGAAGCACACAGUGGACAAAAACGCCGAAGUGGAGAACCAUUCAUUAUUCAUCCUGUUGAAGUUGCUCGUAUUCUUGGAGAGCAUGAACUUGAUUGGGAAUCAAUCGCUGCUGGUUUAUUGCAUGACACUGUUGAAGAUACAGAUGUGGUUACCUUUGAAAGAAUCGAAGAUGAGUUUGGGGCAACUGUGCGCCGUAUUGUUGAAGGGGAGACAAAGGUAUCUAAGUUAGGGAAACUUCAGUGCAAAAGCGAGGGUAGUUCAAAACAAGAUCUUAAAGCAGAAGACUUAAGACAGAUGUUUCUUGCCAUGACGGAAGAGGUUCGUGUGAUCAUUGUCAAACUGGCAGACAGGUUGCAUAACAUGCGUACUCUCACACAUAUGCCUCAGCAUAAGCAGCAUGCCAUCGCCAUGGAGACACUGCAGGUUUUUGCCCCUCUAGCAAAACUUCUUGGGAUGUAUCGAAUAAAGUCUGAAUUGGAAUAUCUAUCCUUCAUGUACGUGAACCCCACUGAUUUCACUGAACUAAGGAAAAGAGUUGAAGACUUGUACAAGGCCCAUGAACAAGAAUUGGAAGAGGCAAAUAGAAUUUUAGGGCAAAAGAUUGCUGAGGAUCAGUUUCUCGAUCUUGUGAGCGUUGAAACAGAAGUGCGCUCAGUUUACAAAGAACUCUACAGCAUUUACAAAACUUCACUCAAAUCCAAGAGUUCAAUAAAUGAGGUAAACCAGGUUGCUCAGCUGCGGAUCAUCAUAAAACCGAAAUCCUGCAAUGGUGUUGGGCCAUUGUGCACCGCACAACAGAUCUGCUAUCAUGUUCUUGGUCUUGUUCAUGGCAUCUGGACACCUAUUCCUCAAGCUGUGAAAGAUUACAUUGCAACUCCAAAACCUAAUGGCUACCAAAGUCUACACACUACAGUGAUACCAUUUCUUAAUGAGAGUAUGUUCCAUUUGGAAGUUCAGAUAAGAACAGAAGAUAUGGAUUUAAUAGCAGAAAGAGGCAUUGCUGCACAUUAUAGUGGAAGAGGAGUAGUUUCUGGACCCGUUCGCCCUGGAAUAUCAAGUGGAAGAAAUUCUGAGGGGAAAGUUAUCUGCCUGAACAACACAGGCUUUGCUUUGAGGAUUGGUUGGCUCAAUGCUAUCCGUGAAUGGCAAGAAGAGUUUGUUGGUAAUAUGAGUUCUAGAGAAUUUGUUGAUACUAUCACCCGAGAUCUUCUGGGAAGCCGUGUCUUUGUGUUUACACCUAAAGGCGAGAUUAAAAACCUGCCUAAGGGAGCCACUGUGGUUGAUUAUGCUUAUCUGAUCCAUACUGAAAUUGGAAAUAAAAUGAUAGCAGCAAAGGUGAAUGGCAAUCUAGUUUCACCAAUCCAUGUACUUGCAAAUGCUGAAGUAGUGGAGAUCAUAACUUACGAUAAAUUAUCUAGCAAAUAUGCAUUCCAGCGUCACCAGCAGUGGCUACAGCACGCAAAAACUCGCAGCGCUAGACACAAAAUUAUGAAAUUCUUAAGGGAGCAAGCUGCUCUUUCUGCUGCUGAAAUUACUGCUGACGCAGUUAAUAACUUUGUUGCUGAUCUUGAAGACGAAAGUGACAGUGAGCUGUCAAUUCCUAGCACUAAGAAUGAGGAUUGUAAAUUCAACUGGGAGAAGAUAUUAAGUUCCGAUAAAUUAUCCUUUGUCAACAAGAGUAGCAAUGGCUUUUUACCUGUUAAUAAUGUUCAUCCAAAGAUCAAUGGGAAGAAAAACAAAACUGUUAAGGAACUGGGCAUCAAAAUUAAUGGUCAUUCUACAAUUCGUGGUGAUAGCUUCAGUGAGUUCAUGCACCCUGGCAAUUCCACCUCCAAGGAAGUUUUCCCUGGUUUGGAUCACUGGAAAUCUGGUAAAAUUUCUGUUUGGCAUAAUACGGAAGGCAACUCUAUCCAAUGGCUUUGCAUUUCCUGUGUUGAUCGAAAAGGGAUGAUGGCAGAAGUUACAUCGGCUUUAACAGCCUGUGGAGUUACCAUAUGUUCUUGUGUGGCAGAAGUUAAUAAAAGGAGGGGAAUGGGUGUAAUGCUGUUCCAUUUUGAGGGAAGCUAUGAGAAUGUGGUCAGUGCAUGCUCAAGUGUUGACAUGAUUCUUGGUGUUCUUGGUUGGUCCGUUGGAUGUAGCUGGUUUCCGUUGGGUGUUCUUGAGUGCUAGUGGAUAUCAAGAGACUUGUUCUGCAUUAGUUCACCGUUAUCUCCUCCAAGAUGGAGAUAAUUUUAGAAGCACCAAGAAAUCGGUCACUCAAUAAUUUUGUUGUAAGUCAGAUCUUGGUUGGUGGGACAGUGGAGGAAACCCUUACAGUACAAAGCAUACAGAGUGGGCCAGCAAACUAGAACAAGAUAUGUGGGCCAUUUGAAAGCUUGAAAGCGAGAGUGUACAUAGCGGAGCUAGUAGAGUACUGUUAGUGCAGGGAUUGAUUCGAUUAUACCAAAAGCCUUAAAAAAGAUAUUAAAGGCUGCUUUUCUCUCAUUUUUCCCUUCCGUGGUUUGCAUAUACUAGUUGUGUACUUAAAAAUGCAGCAAGAAUUUUGACCUGGAACACAAAUGUCCCAAAUUUUGUUCCUAUUUGGUUA